CGCUGAGGAAAAACUUACAACAACAACAUUGAAUCGAAGAGUAGCCUCUUAUCCAAAGAGAUCAUUUGCAAAAUGGCGUCUAUGACUAACACGCGACAAUGGCGAUCAACUUCAACUAAAUUACGAAGUAUAGAAUUUGCGGCAAUCAAGAAAGACUGUAAUGCUGAAGAUCUGGAAUUGCCGAAAAGAACAUCAGUAAAAAAUGAAAGGUUAAAAGGUAGAAAAUUGUUAAGGAAAGAGAGAAGACUCCAAACUAAAGCAAAUCAGCAUGUCUCUUGGAUGAAGAAGAGGGGUAUUGAUAUCAAACCUGCUGAAGAAGAAAAGAAAAAAAAGAAAAGGGUGCAAAAAAGAAAGAAAAAGAAGAAGAAGAAAGAGGAAAAUGAAGAUGAUAAAGUCAAAGACAAUGAACAAAUAGACACAGACGCCUUAGUUGCUGCCAAUGAACAGGAAGAUAAAUUGAUCGCAAGACUUGAAAAAAAACUUGGAUUGAAAAAAAGAAAGAAUUUGCCUUCAAAAUUUAAGGAAGAUGGAUUUGAUUAUUUGUUGGAACUUUGUGAACCAAUUGAUAAUCCGGCAUUGUUUUUAUCUGAUGAAGAUGAGGGUGGCUUGAAAGAUGACAUAGUGCAUAACAAGGCUGAAGACUCCGAAAGUGAGCCUGAGACAAAAGCUUCGAAAAGGAAACAAAGGAAGGAGAAUAUGGGAAAACCUGCUGCUAAUACAAAGGAGAAAGAAAAUAAAUUAAAGAUUCAGGAUAAAGAUGAAGAUGGUAAAGAUUCAGAAUUGGAUGAAGAAGACUCUGACGAUGAAUAUCUAGAUGAAAACGACAGCAUGUCUGAAAGCAAUUUUAGUACAGAAGAUUUGGAUAACGAAGAAAGUGAGAGCGAAGGGGUUGCUGUUCAAGGCCUGAAAAGUAAUGCAGAUAGUAAGGACCUCUAUGGAAAAAUAGUUAAUUCGCAUAAAAAUGUAUUAACAAGUGAAUUGGGAGAGGAAGAUUCUAGAAGACUUGGUCAAGAUGAAAAUAAAAAAACCGGUGAUGUUGUUGAACCAUCAGCCAAAUACGUGCCACCUCAUUUGAGGAAAAUGAUUGGAAAAUCUAAAUCUACUGAUGAACAGCGAAUUGAAAGGCUAAAGAAGAAACUUAAAGGUCUAGUUAACAGGUUGAGUGAUUCAAAUAUGAGAAGUAUCGCUCUUGAAAUUGAGGAAGUAUAUGCUACAAACAGCAGAAAUGAUACAAACAGUGUUCUCUCAAAUCUGGUCUUCGAUGCCUGUGUCACACCAACCCAUAUGUCAGAGAAAAUAUUAAUGGAGCACAUGAUGUUAGUCGCAAUUUUGCAUACCGUCGUUGGAAACGAAGUUGGUGCAUUUUUCGUUCAGUCUUUAGCAGAAAUGUUUCAUGGGUUACAUUCAACAACGGAAAAAUAUUUGAAUGGGAAAGAAUGCGACAACGCUCUUUUAUUGAUUGCACAUUUGUACAAUUUCUCAGUUAUCGAUUCCUUGCUUGUGUAUGAUCUAAUACGCGAACUGGUAAAUGCAUUCACUGAAAGAGAUAUUGAAAUGCUGAUGCUUCUGCUAAAAGCUGUUGGUGCGGAAAUACGUCGUGAUGAUCCAGGCAGUCUCAAGGAAAUUAUCUUAGAGAUCCAAGCGAAAGCUGCUUCCUGUACUGAUCUUAUGAAACAGUCGAGGGUGCGUUUCAUGUUGGAUGUUAUAACCGCGCUGAGGAACAAUAAUCUCCGAAAAAUUCCUCAAUAUGACCCUGCAGUUUCAGAGCAUGCGAGAAAGAAACUAAAAGCCAUGUUGAAAAAUAAAGAUUCGUCACAAGAUAUCAAACUCAGAAUCUCCUUGAAAGACUUACUCCAAGCAAAGGACAAAGGACGUUGGUGGGUGGUAGGUUCUGCUUGGGCAGGCAGAGAGAGCGAUCCAAAUCUCGAUGUUACUGCGAAAGAUUCACGUCAAGACAUUGGUGAAAAUAAUCUCGUUUCACUCGCAAAACAGCAACGGAUGAACACCGAAAUUCGCAAAAAGAUUUUCUACGUUAUAAUGUCUAGUGAAGAUUACAUCGAUUGCUUUGAAAAAUUGCUAAAGCUUAAUCUCAAAGAUAAACAAGCAAGGGAAAUUGUUCAUGUCCUGAUUGACUGCUGUGUACAGGAAAAGAUCUACAAUCCUUAUUAUGCAUUUCUUGCUCAAAAGCUCUGCGAAUUUAGUCGUAGUAACCAGGUCACAUUCCAGUAUUCGUUCUGGGACCGAUUCAAACAAAUCUCCGCAUCAAGUCCACACAACCUGGAAAAUUUAGCAAAGCUGCUGGCUCAUUUGUUUGCGUCAUCCGCAUUAUCGAUGUCCAUUUUAAAGGUCGUGGGAUUUGCUACCAUCGAUAAAUCAUCAGUCCGAUUUUUCAUGCGGCUGUUCACCGUACUACUGACAGAGUACCCUGAGAGCACGAUGAGAAAUGUAUUCUCUCGAAUUUCACCUCUAUCAAAGCUGUCACUGUUGCGAGAAGGACUGAAGCUAUUUCUAAAACACUUUUUACUUUCAAAAAAUACGACGAAAUUAGAAGGAAAGGUAAUUGCUCCUGGCAGAUUAAAAGAACUUGUUGAAAUAGCCGAGGCAGCAUUGGAUGGAAGAGAAGUCGUUAAAUUUUAAGUUUUAUUUAAUAUUUACGUUUGCCUUUUGCAAUGAAAUGUUCGUUAUAUAUGGGCCUA